AUGAUAUCAUCAAAUGGUCAUAAGGAAUAUGGAUAUAGUAGGAAAAGGACACAUUAUGAGUUUGAUGACGAUAAUACGGCAGAGGGUAAUUCAAAGGAAAUAACAGAGGAUCAAGUAAAUGAAGAUAACAAUGAACAAUCAGAGCCUUUAACGGAAACUCACUUAGUAGAGCAAGAGGAGCUGAAAGACCAUACUGAUAACAAUCAAGGGCGAGACAGACAUUAUCAAAACAACAACCACAAACCUCGAGAACAAUAUGAAAGACGUAACAACAAUUAUCAACAAUAUAAUAGACCUAACAAAUAUCAACAACAACAAUCACAACAUAAUGAAUUCGAUAAAUUCAAAGAACAAGAUCCAGAAAAUAAAAAAAAUCUACUAUAUGGUAAACUACCUAGAAAUCAAGAUAAGAAUCAAUCAAAAAUAGAUUGGGAAACAGAUCAAUUUAAAAGAGCUCAACAAUUACAAUUACAAACUGAUGAUAAAAUUCAUAUUGGAGAUGAUAAAGAAUAUGAAUAUGUAUUUGAUGAAUCUCAAUUUGUAAAAUUUGAUGAUGAAGAAGGAGAUAUAUUAGAUGAAGACGCUGAGAAUGAAAAUAAUGUAAAACAAAUUGAUUUGAAAGAAAUUGAAAAUGUUAAAAAUUCAUUACCCGUGUUUCAAUAUAAACAAGAAUUUUUAAAACUUGUAGAAGAAAAUCAAUUCCUUAUAGUUGUUGGAGAAACUGGAUCAGGUAAAACAACUCAAUUACCUCAAUAUUUAUAUGAAGCAGGAUAUUCAGAAAAUAAUACAAAAUUAAUUGGAAUUACUCAACCAAGAAGAAUUGCUGCUUCUUCUGUAGCUUCAAGAGUUUCAAAUGAAAUGAAUACAAAAUUAGGUGAUAAAGUUGGAUAUUCUAUAAGAUUUGAUGAAAAAACUAGUGAAAAUACUGUAAUUAAAUUUUCAACUGAUGGUAUGCUUUUAAGAGAAUUUUUAAAUGAUCCAUUUUUAUCACAAUAUAAAGUAAUUAUGAUUGAUGAAGCUCAUGAAAGAACUUUAUCAACAGAAAUUUUAUUAAGUUUAUUAAAAGAUUUAUGUUUGAAAAGAAAAGAUUUAAAAUUAAUUAUUGCAAGUGCAACAAUAAAUGCAAAAAAAUUUUCUGAUUUUUUUAACAAUUCACCAAUUUUAAAUAUACCUGGUAGAAGAUUUCCUGUUAAAAUUCAUUAUACGAAACAACCAGAAGCAAAUUAUUUAAAUGCUAUAAUGACAACUAUUUUUCAAAUUCAUUUAACUCAACCAUUACCUGGUGAUAUCUUAGUAUUUUUAACAGGUCAAGAAGAAAUUGAAAAAUUAGAAAAUCAAUUAAAUGAAUCAAUUUUUAAAUUAAAAGAUCAGUUAGAAGAUAAAAAAAUGAUUGUUUGUGUGAUUUAUGCUAAUUUACCAAAUGAUUUACAAUAUAAGAUAUUUGAACCUACACCUCCAAAUACUAGAAAAAUUAUAUUAGCAACAAAUAUUGCAGAAACUUCAAUAACAAUAAAUGGAAUUUCAUAUGUUAUAGAUUCUGGAUAUGUUAAACAAAAUGAAUAUAAUCCAACAUCAGGAAUGGAAAGUUUAGUAGUUGUACCAUGUUCAAAAGCAAAUUGUGAUCAAAGAGCUGGUAGAGCAGGUAGAAUUGGUCCUGGAAAAUGUUUUAGAAUUUUUACAAAAUAUUCUUUUGAUAAUGAUAUGGAACCUUCAACAAAACCAGAAAUUCAAAGAUUAAAUUUAAAUUCAAUUGUUUUAUUAUUAUUAUCAUUGGGGAUUAAUGAUUUAUUGAAUUUUGAAUUCUUGGAUUCACCACCAAAACAAAAUUUAAUUAAAUCUUUAAAUUUAUUAUAUCUGUUCGAAGCUAUUACAAUUAAUGGUAAACUUACAAAGUUAGGUUUUAAAAUGAAUGAAUUCCCAUUAGAUCCAAUAUUAACUAAAUGUAUAAUAGAAAGUGAAAAAUUUAAAAUAACAAAAGAAAUAUGUAUUAUAAUUUCAAUGUUAACAGAAUCUUCAAAUUUACGUUUCAAACCAAAAAAGACAACUACCACAAGCAGUGGUGAAUUUAAUGAAUCAAGAUUUAAUCAAUUUAAUCAUAAACAAGGUGAUCAUAUAACAUUAUUAAAUAUUUAUUUAAAUUGGUAUAAAAAUGAAUUUUCAAAAGAAUGGUGUAAUGAUAAUUUUAUUCAAUAUAAAACAAUGAAAAGAAUUAAAAAUAUAUAUAUGCAAUUAAUUCAAAAAUGUGAAAAAAUUGGAUUAUUAGAUUCAAAACAAAAACAAUCAAUAAAUGAAGAUUCAUCAUUUUUUGAAAUAACCGAAGAAAAAUUAAUUUCAAUUCAAAAAGUAUUACUCAAAGGAUUUUUUAAUAAUAUUGUAAAAUUAUCAACAAUGGGUAAUUGUUAUGAAAAUUUAACACAAACUAAACUGAAAAUUCCUUGUUUUAUUCAUCCAUCUUCUGUAUUAUAUAAAAAACCAAAACAACAUAAUCAAUAUCAGCAAAUUCCUCAACAACAAGAAGGGGAAAAUUCAGUUACAACUAACGGAAAUAAUAAUGAUUCUCAAAAUUAUUUUAAAAAACCAAAAUUUUUAAUGUAUUAUGAAUUAGUAUUAACAAGUAAAGAAUAUAUGAGAAAUUGUAUGAUAAUUGAUGAGAAGCUAAUUAAGAACAAUAAAUUAAUUAAAGAAUAA